AUGCCGGAUGAUAAAGGUACUGCUAAUGUGGCAGAAUUCAGAGCCAGACAUCCAGUGUGCGGGCUAAUAAAAGCGUCAGUGGAGUAUGCAGCACGUGGCAGCCGCUCGGGGAACGCCCGCCGCCGAGUAGCAGCUCUCAUCACGUCGUGGAGGAUUGUGGGUUCCUGCUCCCUUAUAUUGGCCAGGAGCCCAUGCUUCCUCAGUACUGGUGACCAGGCUGCUAAAGGGAACUACGGGCUCCUGGACCAGAUCCAGGCGUUGAGGUGGAUCAGCGAGAACAUCGGCUUCUUCGGAGGAGACUCCAACCGCAUCACUGUGUUCGGUUCUGGGAUCGGAGCUUCCUGCGUCAGCCUGCUCACCCUCUCCCACCACUCUGAAGGUCUGUUCCACCGAGCCAUCAUUCAGAGCGGCUCAGCCCUCUCCAGCUGGGCAGUGAACUACCAGCCGGUCAAGUACACACGUCUCCUGUCGGAGAAGGUGGGCUGUAAUGUCCUGGACACCUUGGACAUGGUGGACUGUCUGAGGAAGAAGACCUCCAGGGAGCUGGUGGAGCAGGACAUACAACCAGCAAGAUACCACGUGGCCUUUGGACCUGUAAUCGAUGGGGAUGUUAUUCCAGAUGACCCCGAGAUCCUGAUGGAGCAGGGCGAGUUUCUUAACUACGACAUCAUGCUGGGGGUCAACCAGGGCGAGGGGCUGCGCUUUGUGGAGAACGUGGUGGAUUCAGAGGACGGCGUGUCUGGAAAUGACUUUGACUUCUCUGUGUCAGACUUUGUGGAUAGUCUGUAUGGGUACCCAGAGGGCAAGGACACGUUGAGGGAGACCAUUAAAUUCAUGUACACGGAUUGGGCAGACAGAGACAAUCCAGAGACAAGGCGCAAGACGCUGGUGGCUCUGUUUACCGACCACCAAUGGGUGGAGCCAUCGGUGGUGACGGCAGACCUCCACGCUCGCUACGGGUCUCCCACUUACUUCUACGCCUUUUACCACCACUGCCAGAGCCUGAUGAAGCCAGCCUGGUCAGACGCAGCCCAUGGGGACGAGGUGCCAUAUGUUUUUGGAAUUCCUAUGAUUGGUCCCACUGACCUUUUCCCCUGUAACUUCUCAAAGAACGAUGUCAUGCUCAGUGCUGUGGUCAUGACUUACUGGACCAACUUUGCCAAGACUGGGGAUCCUAACAAGCCGGUUCCUCAAGACACCAAGUUCAUCCACACCAAGGCCAACCGCUUUGAAGAGGUGGCCUGGUCCAAGUACAACCCCCAGGACCAGCUGUAUCUGCAUAUCGGCCUGAAGCCACGUGUGCGGGACCACUACCGCGCCACUAAAGUGGCCUUCUGGAAACACCUAGUGCCCCACCUGUACAACCUGCACGACAUGUUCCACUACACCUCCACCACCACCAAAGUGCCGCCACCAGAUACCACGCAGAACUCCUUGUCCACCAGGAGGCCCAACGGACAACACAACACCAAGCGGCCCCCCAUGUCCCCGGCCUACAACAAUGAGGACAAAGACUCUUGGAACGACGACGAGGAGACGGGGCCGCUGGUGGUGGAGAACCCUCGGGAUUACUCCACAGAGCUCAGUGUCACUAUCGCUGUGGGAGCGUCGCUGCUGUUCCUCAAUGUGCUGGCUUUCGCGGCCCUCUACUACCGCAAGGACAAGCGCCGGCAGGACUCCGGCCACGGGCAGCCCAGCCCACAACGCCAGACCACCUCCAACGACAUUGGCCACCAUGCGCCCGAGGAGGAGAUCAUGUCGCUGCAGAUGAACCAGACGCACCAUGAGUGUGAGGCGGGGAACAGCAACGAGGGGGCAUUGCGCUUGGCCUCGCUGCCCGACUACACGCUCACUCUGCGGCGCUCUCCGGACGACAUUCCCCUCAUGACCCCCAACACCAUCACCAUGAUCCCCAAUUCCCUGGUGGGGAUGCCCAACCUGCACCCCUACAACACCUUCACAACCGGCUUCAACUCCACCGGCCUGCCGCACUCCCACUCAACCACCCGCGUAUAGCUUUAAGGAGGCCUGGGGCAGCCGGCGCAGGCGGGGGGGGAGAGGAGGCAGCGGUGGUGGUGGUUGAGGAGGAACAGGAGGAUGAACGAUUGGAGGAGAGGAUUGUGUUUUAUAAAUAUCACAGGGAGGGGGGAGGGGAAGGGCAUGAGUCGGAUUAAAACGUGAAGAGAUUUAACUAGACUUUUACUACGAGGAGAGUUGCUGUGAGCUCUCUAGGGAUGUCAAGUUGUGCAGAGCUGCCAAAAUCAAACUGCUUUCCUUCUCCUGAUUGGGGGAGGGGGGGUCUUUCUGCAGUGUUUUUUUCUAAAAUAAUCAUUUUAAAAGCCUUUUUAAGCAGACUGAGGAGAUAUCAACACUGAUCUUCUAUACAUAACAAAACUAAGAGAAGUGCUUUUUAUUUCCCAUACCUUCCUCCUGCGGGAGACACAUCUCGAACAAUGGCCUCUACGUCAAUAUUCGCAAAAUGUUUUUAAUUGCUUCUUUGUUUUAUUUUACUUUUCAAUGCCUUACAAAGCUUGUUCUUUUUUGUCAUUAUUUCUAUUCCCUGAGACUAUUCCAAGUGGAGUGUGUUACAAACCGAUGAGACUCAAAGAUGAGAGACUGAAUACCGGGAUGGGAGCCUAGAGGAUAUGCAGAUGUAGAGAUUUUAAACCCUUUUUGGGCAACUCAUAUUUUCUUUCUGUUGUGUACCAAUGCAACAGCCACACAAACGGUGUUAUCUUUUUUAUCUCGUAUAGAAAUGAUUUGUCUGGGACAGCUCCUGCCGGGAAAUGAGAAGGCAGAGAUAAAUACUAUGUUACUGUGAUUGUUUUGUUAAGAAAAAAGUGCAUCUUUUACAGCCAAUUUAUCUGUUAAGCUAUCUGAUAUUAUCUCCACAAAGUGUGCACGUACACAUGCUGCUUAGAGCACCGGUGUGUUUGUGUGCAUGUGAAAAUGAUUUCUCGUUCCUUGCGUGGUAGAAGGAGGCUGAGAUAAAGGAAGAGACACAUUGUCGGAACUUGCGAAAGCAAGAGCGGCGAGGGAUUGAGUCUGCGUGUGUGAGAGUGUAUUUUGAGAGUGUGUGUGUGUGUGUGUGUGUGUGUGUGUGUGUGUGUGUGUGUGUGUGUGUCCGUGCACCUGUUUUUUGGUUUGUAGGUUGUAUAAUGUGGUUUUUUGGGGGGAGGGGGCUGAGUAUUUUCUUAUGUUGUUGAUUUUGGUUCAGCACCAGUAGUGUUUCUGCUGCGUCUCUGGGUGUCUGUCUUUGCAAAAUAGCACUUGUUAUUUUCAAAGUUAUAUAUGUCUAAUUUUGCUUAAAGAUUACAAAAUAAAUCUAUUAUUUUACGUGUAAGAGAAAAAAAAUAGCUAAAGAUUCAACUGAACUAACUGACAUGAUUCCAUUGACUUUGUAAGAGUUCCUCUUAAAAAGCAGACAGUGGCCUGUUUGCACUGAAUAAACCUACAUCAGUGCACACUUGUAUUUCUUUGAAUAUAUAUAUAAAUAUGGGCAUACAUAUAUGUAUAGAGCUUUUAGGAAGAUAUCAAUCCCACUUACAAAAAAAUUAAAACACUGUUCAGAUUGCACCAACAAAUAAAUUCUAAGCACUGUUGUUGCUGCCAAGACGUCCCUAGGUGUCUUUGUAAGAGCUCUAUAUGUAUAUUUAUGUAUACAAUAUUUAAUAUUUAUGUAUACCAGAUGCAUACAUGCUGAUUGUGCCAUGUGCCAAAUUAAAACUGUAAAAAAUGAAGAAUA